CGGGUCCUCGCGCGACCUCUGUUUCUGAAUGCAGACCCUCGAAUGAGCUGCCUCAGGGCGCUGCCGCUCAGGCCCCUGUGUCUAGACAGCAGGGGCGCCCCUGGUUGGGCCCCGUUUCUGAUCGCCGGUGUGGCGGGCUGUGGAGGGACGUCGCGGACAGAGGGGCCAGCAUAUGCAAAGGCUUGGGAGGCGACACAGACGGAGCAUUCGGGAAACCUGGAGCCUUGGUGUGUGAAAGGAUCAUAGUGUGAGGAGGACUUAGACCUGCGGUGUCAGCCUGAGUAGCUCUAACGUCACUGUGAGCGUGCUGGGAGCUAUGAAGGGUUCUAGACCGGGAGGGACGCCAUCUGAAGGCUUUUAAAAGUAUUUCAUAGGCUGCUUGUGGAACAAGCAAGUUUGGGAGAUGAGGCGGCCCGUGAGGCACAGAAAGACCUAGUCCGAGGUAACACAGCUGUCAGGUGGCCUGAAGACCUAGGCACAGAAGGUUCCGAUGAACUCAGAAGUAAUUAUGGACCCUGUACAGGGACAGGUGAACUUUGAGGACGUGGCUGUGUACUUCUCCCAGGAGGAGUGGGGUCUCCUUGAUGAGGCUCAGAGACACCUGUACCGCGAUGUGAUGAUGGAGACCUUUGCACUUGUGGCCUCGCUGAGAGAUGAAUCUUCCAUGUCCCAUGGGGUUCCCUCCCUGGAGCUGGGCAGCAAGCCCUGGAGAUCUGACUGGGCAGACGUUACUCCAGCCAGGACCAGAGAAGCUCAGGGUUGUUGGCAUGGAAUGGAGGACGAGGAGAUAGCUUUUGAGCAGAACAGUUUUAUGGGAGUGUCACAGGUCAGGACUCCCAAGGCACGUCCUUCUACCCAGAAGGCCCACCUCUGUGAGACAUGUGGCUUGGUCUUGAGAGACAUUUUGCAUGUGGCUGAGCCCCAGGGAACACACCCUGAGCAGAAAUCAUACAUGUGUGGGGCAUGUGGGAAACAAUUCUGCUUCAAUGCAAACCUUCACCACCAGAAGCAGCACAGUGGAGAGGAGCGCUUCAGAGGGGGCAAGGGCAGCCCCUUGUUUGUGAGCAGCUCCCCUGUCGAUCCACUGGAGAUCCCUUGUACGACAGGGAAGAGUUAUAAGGACUUCCCAACUAGCUCAAAUAUUUUCCAGCAGCGUGCUCCUCAUAGUCAAUGGAAGCCAAGCAGUAACACCAAAUGUGUGGGUGCCUUUCACAGUGGACAAAGGCAUUACGAGUGCAAUGAAUGUGGGAAAGCCUUCAGCCGCAAAGACUCACUUGUCCAGCACCAGAGAGUCCACACUGGAGAAAGGCCUUAUGAGUGCAGCGAAUGUGGGAAAACCUUCAGCCGCAAACCCAUACUUGCUCAGCACCAGAGAAUCCACACUGGAGAAAUGCCAUACGAGUGUGGCAUAUGUGGGAAAGUUUUCAAUCAUAGCUCCAACCUUAUUGUACACCAGAGAGUUCACACUGGAGCGAGGCCUUACAAGUGCAGUGAAUGUGGGAAAGCGUAUAGCCACAAAUCCACACUUGUUCAGCAUGAGAGUAUCCAUACUGGAGAAAGACCUUAUGAGUGCAGCGAAUGUGGGAAGUACUUUGGUCACAAAUACAGACUCAUUAAACACUGGAGUGUUCAUACUGGAGCAAGGCCCUAUGAGUGCAUUGCAUGUGGGAAGUUCUUUAGCCAGAGCUCCGACCUUAUUGCACACCAGAGAGUUCACAAUGGUGAAAAGCCCUAUGCGUGCAGUGACUGUGGAAAAGCCUUUAGCCACAAACAUGUACUUGUUCAACACCACAGAAUUCACACUGGAGAAAGGCCAUAUAAGUGCAGUGAGUGUGGGAAGGCCUUCAGGCAAAGAGCUUCCCUCAUCCGACACUGGAAAGUUCACAUUGGAGAAAGGCCUUAGGAUGGCAGGGAAUACACCAUUUCCUUGUUCCAUUAGUGACUGACAGCAGAGAGAAGCUCUGAGAUUAGCCUUCCUGAGUAGCCAUCAGCCAGAAGUUGAACCUCAUAACAUUUAAACAUCCACCCCGAGGAGAUUUUUCUGAGUGCAACAUAUGUGGGAAGCUUUCUGGUGCAGUGUUGCCCUUUGUAACCUGUCCAGAAGCCUUGCCAGAAUUCUGUCACUGCCCGUGUCUCUGGAAAAACAGAAAAUAAAAAACCAGUCAUGUAUGGAAUGGCAGAGUCCCACAUUGUGCAUAAGUCACCCCAACAUGUUGUAAUAGGCAGUCCUCUGCUCCUCCCUUCCCCAGAGGGAAUCAUCAGUACCCGGAGCCCAUUAAAAAUCCAUACUCCUUCCUGCCGUCUCCACCACCAGCUGGUAUAAGCAUGGACACGACCUAACUUUGGUCAGAAGGUGGCAAGCUUUGUUCUGCUGGCUGCUUGCAGAGAAGGUUUCCGUUUUUCGUGGACUUCGUUGGUCUCAUUUUGCACUCACGAUGGAUUUGUGCAGUCUUCAAGUCACCUACCUUAGGAGUUGUCUGUCUCAUGUUCUGUUUUUGCAACAAAUGACUUAGUUUUUAAACUAUAAUUUUGGGGAUUCCAUUCACUCUGCGUUGUAUUGAAAACAGAAUUGGAUUCUGCCAGCGUGAAGGGAGGAAGAGCUUUUGUGAGAGUGCCAAAUAUUGCGUCUCAGUGGUGUUAGCAGAAUGGCAAGCAAGGAACAUCUUUCAUUUUAGCCUAACUUGCAUUACUGCUCAAGGUUGCCUAUGAAAGAAUACCGAUCUUGGUGGGCCUAAUCUUUUGGCCUAUAUGCUGAGAUUUGUGAUCAUGGUCACCCUGAGCACUGGGCAGUUGUGACAGCCUCUGGUGUAUCUGGGGGCAGUAUGAAUUGUUUCCCUUGUCCCAGAGGGAGUUUCAUAGUCCCAUAUUCUCUUGAUGAGAACUUGACCCCUGGGACCUGCCAGUGCCCCUGAAAUUUAUUUAAUAGGCAGAUGUCACUGUCCCCUAAGACUAGGUAGGAAUCAUAAUUGGCACAGAUACUGAUUAAUAGGGAGUUGGGAGCAAACUACAGGGAGUGUGACUCUAAUAAAGGUAAAUCCACAUGUUUCCAUCACUAUGGCUUUGGUACAAGGUUACAGAAAUUCUCAGGAUUCCCAUAUUUGUGUCUCUUAUGGCUACAGUCACUGUCAGAGCAAUCAGUUGAAGCAUUUUCUGCAAUAAAAUGCACAUAUUUAUAGUGUACAGUUUGAUAAGUUUUGAUACAUGUUUGCACCUGUGAAGCCAAGUUUUCUGAUGUGCCCCACAAUCCCUCUGUCCCUUACCCAUUCCCAGGCAACCAUUCAUCUUGCUUUCUGUCACAGUAGAUUUAUUUGAAUUUCCCAGAAUUUUUUUCAAUUAGCAAUAGUCGUGCCUCGGAUAAACCUCAUUGGCUACAAUACUGCCACUGCACAAAGCUCCCAGAAUUUUUUUAUCUGUGGAAAAAUUUAUGUACACAGGUAACACUUUAAUAUGUACUCUGACGUAUCUGCCUUUAACUUUGAAUAAUUAUCUUGUGAUCCAUCAGUGUUAGGAUCAAUUCAUUCCUUUGCAUUCAUGCUUUUUCUCAUUUUAGAGAAGAAGUUCCAAAUCGGGUGAUCCAGUAGAGGGCUCACACAAAAACAGCUACAGUAUCUGUUCGACCUUUUCCAGGACAUGAUGUGUUAACUUUCCUGACUUACUCUGUGGGUGACACAGACUCAUCCUGGUGUAAAGUGGAAGGGGAUUCCAGAACAGGGAUAAUACAAGAAGGUAGGGGUUCUAAGAGAAUGUCUAGGAUAGUGGCCACCACAAUCGUAGGCUUUAUUUUCUUUUGCAUUUUUAAUCUUUCAAUGAUGAGUUACAUUGACAAAUUUUAAAAACUUAAACCAGUCUUACAUUUCUAAGAUGAGCCCCGCUUGGUCAUGAUGUGUUCUUUUUAUGUAUUGUAUUUAUUUGCCUUUUUUUUUUUUUAAGAUUUUUGUUCAUGAGAGAUGUUAGUUUCUAAUUUUUCUUAAUGCUUGGGUUUAAUUGGUAUCACCAUAAUGCUGGCUUUAUACAUUACGUUGGUUAAGUAUCCCCUGAUUUAAUUUUUAAAUUUCAGUUUCUGAAGAAUUGGUGUUGUUUCUUCCUUGUUUUGUAGAAUUCACCAGUGAAAUAAUUGGACCUGGAGUUUAUCUUAUGGGAAGAUUUGUAAUUACAAAUUUAAUUUUCAUAGUGGAUUUACAUCUAUAGAAGUUAUCUUUUUUCCUAUAGAGUGAGCAUUGGUGGUUUGUGUCAUUCAAGGAGUUCAUUUUAUUUAAGUAAUCAAACUUUUCAAACCAUUAUUAUUUUAGUGCCUGCAGAGUCUUUACUGAUGCCACCUCUAAUUCCUGUGUUAACCUUAAAAAUAAAACUGCCAGUUAUUUUACCAGCCAAAAAAUGGGUUUAUUCAGGAAUAGCUGAGAUUACAAUCUAGGACAAGUGAAUUUUAGCAAAACCAUAGGCAAGUCCAGAGAACGAAGGUAAAGAACGAAUUUUUAUAGAGGAAAGGGGGAAGUUGGGAAGGGCUGUAAUAAACUAAAAGUCCACUGACCUAAAUUGGGGCUUGUAACUACAGUUUGUUAUUAGCUGAGCUAUCACUGUCUCUAAUUGGUUGGAUUGUUGCCAGGGGAGGAAGAACUCUCUCCUCCUGCUAGGAUAAUAAAGUAGUAUUGGCUCGCAAGGUCCACCUCUUCCUGUCCAGUCUGCAGUCGGCAGCUAGUGCCACGCGUGAGAGCACCCCCUGCUGGCCGCCUGACCUCAUUCUAAAUGAGGUUUCCUUUUAUUAAUUUGCCCAUUUCCCCCUUUUGAUUAAGAUCUUUCUUUGAAAGCAUUGCCAAUCAGUAGUCAGGUUCUUUAUGCUUACUGGUUUUGUCCCUCAGUACCAGGAAGGUUGUCAUGUCCUACGUUGGAAGGAAAGUGUUGCAAGUGGAAACCAGUUAAGGCCACAUUUGAGGAAUAAGGAAAGUUAGGAGGGAGAAACUCGGAGUCUUGAAGCAUCAGCCAGCAUCACCUUAUUGGGUGAUCAUUUAAAAAGAUAAAAAAAAAAAACCCUCAACAGCAAAAUACAAAACAGUUCUAUACAAGUCAAAAGUAACAAUUUCAAAUUGUAUGAUGGUUGUUUUUAUUUUAUUUAUUCCUUUAUUUGUCAGAGAGAGAGCGU